AGACUGCGUAUAUAUUAUCCAUUCAUUGACAGUUAUAGUUAAGAAGUGUCCAUAUACAAAAGUAGUUAUGUGGACAAGUAAUACCAAGUAUCGGUUAUUUGUGGCUGCGGCCGCUAUAUGUUUACAUGCUAUUCCUCCGGCGUACGGGAAAACCGUAUCGGGCAUCCUCAGGAGCGAUGCUGCAAAAGAAAACAAUGGACAAUACAUAACAAGAUUUCUGUUUCACGGGGAGAACGCUCUCGUGGUCUGCAGACUGGAGGAGGCUGACGUCGCCAUGGCUGUGAGGAAGGAGGCCCGGCUGCUACUCUUCCAGCAGCAGGAGGGGUUUGAGAACCUCAGCUGCCUAGAACGCUUGUCUGGAGCUCCUGUUGCCAUUACACUGAACGCUGUGGAGCUCAACUGGACCAUGCCCAAGAUGUCUUCGCCCCAGCUCUGGCACAUGGUCUAUGCAGACCAGAGCACCUGCCAGGAGGGAGAGGCUGGCGGGGACCUGGAGGAGAUCCACUUCCAGGCCAUGCUUUUUAACCCUGACAACGCCGGCAACCCCUUGGAUCACUUCAGUGCUGAAGAGGCAGGCCUACACAGCUUCUACUUCUUGCUGAUCCUCACCUAUUUUGUGGCAGUCUGCAUCUGUGCCCAGCCUCUUUGGCAGGCAUUGCACAAGGGUGGACCCAUGCACAUUGUGCUGAAGGUCCUCUCAGCUGCUCUCCUGCUGCAGGCUGGCUCUGUCCUCCUCAACUACAUCCACAUGGCCAGGUAUGCCAGGGAUGGCAUUGGAGCUCCCAUGAUUGGCAGCUUGGCAGAAUUCUGCGACAUGGUGUCCCAAAUCCAGAUGCUCUACCUGCUGCUAAGCCUGUGCAUGGGCUGGAUGCUGAGCCGGACACACAGGUUCCAGAGCAAGCCCCUGCAAUGGGACACCUCGCCCACAACUACCACACUUGCCCUUGGGGGUGUGGGCACCCAGGGGGCACUGUUAGUCUGGGAGCAAUUCGAGGACACUGAGCACCAUAGCUACCAUGCCCACGGCAGUGUACCAGGCCUGCUUCUCAUUGGCCUGCACAUUGUCCUUGCCCUGCUGCUUGCCUCCAUCCUGUACCAGAUCAUCAUGGCAGAAAGGAGUACUCUGAAACGAGACUUCUACCUCUGCUUCGCAAAGGGCUGUUUCUUGUGGUUUCUGUGUCACCCGGUCCUCGUCCUGAUCUCUAUUGCUUUCCGUGAGCAUCAAAGAGAGAAGGUCAUCACCAUUGGCAUCAUACUGUGCCAGACCGCUGCGGUGGUCAUCCUCUAUAGACUCUUCCUUUCCCGUAGCUUGUACUGGGAAGUCUCCUCACUCUCCUCAGUCACACUGCCACUGACCAUGUCUAGAGGGCAUCGGAGUCGUUACUAGCUUCCCCUGGGCGACAAGGAACAGCGGAACCACUGCGGGUGACAGCUGUCAAGAGCACUGUCCAAAAGUGACCAGGACACCUACAGACAUGGAUAGACUUUGUCCAUCCCGCGAGUGACAGCAACCAGUGACCAGUUGUGUGGACUUUGGGUGGAUUAAAGUGAGGCGUUACUAGUAUAUCCGUAUGAAUUUUAAUGAGGAUCUGACUGCCUUUCACCUCAAAAGUCAUGCAUAUAGCAUACAAAUAAAAAUGAAAAUUCAAGUGACUCCUGAGAAUUUUACACAAUCAUUCUGUACAUCUAGGACCUCAAACUGAGAAGGAAAAAUUUGGGGGUUGGUAACGGACUGGCACUCCAGACAAUAUAAAACUUCAACCAGCUGCAAAAUGGCAGGCAGUAUUCUUUUCUGCUCUCCACAAGUGUAGCUACAGUAUGCUGUAGCUACCCACAGGAAGGAGAUGGGGGAAGACCCUCAGGAGCCACAUCCCCAGAGAAGUCAAGACCACCACCAGAGAGCCAAUGGGGUCAGGCCUGUUGAGGACCAGAACUGGUGUGGUGCUGAGGCAUUGCCCUCUGCACAGUAGCACUCAGGAUCCAGUUUGAAGCGGCCCAUCCAGCUAGGCAUGUGGAACAUCCAGACUCUACAGCAUGGUGACCAUCUUCCCCUGCUGUUGGAGGAGCUUUGUAACUCCACAUUUCGGUGGUGACACUCUGAGGUAUGCAGACCGGGGAAUGGCCAGAUCUAUAUAGGUGGGUACACCAAUUAUUGGUCUGUUCAUUCUGAUGGCUGCCAUACUCAGGGAAUAGGUGUUGCUGUGGAGUAUCAUCUCCUCCCGAUGGUGUCCGAUAUCACUCCUUUCAACAAGCAUAUUGUGAGACUCGGAUUAAGGCACUCUCUAGGUGUCUUGUCUGUGUUCUCAAUGUAUAUGCUCCAACGGCAGUGAGUGAUAUUUCUGUGAAGGAAGCAGUUUAUUCGUGACUUCACUCAGUAGUUGAUGGGUGCCCACUUGGAUGACUUCAGUACGACCACUAGCACUGACACUGUUUAGGGAGAGCUCUAAAAAAAUCUCCCCUUUUGUGUUAUAGGCUAUAUUUUAUUUUCUGUACAUUAAGGUUUCAGAAAUAAAUUAAAAAAACAACAGCAUAAA